UAUUCACGGAACGAAGCAAACGGAAUUUCCCUCCAACUGCUCCAACUUUACUUGUGUAUGUCAGUGAAUCGACUAAAUUUUUUUUAAAUGUUAACGUUGCUCUCGUCGUUCUGUAAAUUUUCAUAAUUGUAAUCAACAAAAUCAAUGAUAUAAGUCAUGGACCGGCGAAAAACCCAAGAAAAGGAGAAGGCUGUUCCGCAACCAUCAAGCAGAAUCAGUCGACUGGCCCAACCUCGAAAAUAUUCUUGCACACCGCAUUCGCUUAGCCGAAACCGUUCGUCUUCACAUGAAAAUGUUUCACAUUACAACCGACAAAUACCUAAGAGAGCCCGGAGCAACUCGGCAACUCCACGCAUGCCUAGUGAAACACCAGUUCGGCCACCGUUUGCGAGAUCGUUGUCCUCGUUAUUUACACCAGCAUCGACCAACAAAAGUAACGCUUCGACCAACAGAAGUUCUGCUUUGAAGAAAUCCAAUAGCGAGCAGGCCGCACGUAUUCUCGAAGUGGUACGCAACCAUUUCGGAACAACGUUCUUACCCGGUGGAUUGCAGUCGAUGUCUGCGAAACAAUUUGUCGAGAUAAUCCGGUUUUUCUCUCAGAGUAUCGCUGGUGGUAAAGUAACCAUUCACGAUAACAACGUUGAUGAUGUCAAACUUUUCGUCGAUUUUAUGGAAUAUCCACAUCAGAUGAACAAGUCCUGGUUCAAGGCACCAACCGUUUCGAUUGCUUACGACCGUAAUGUGGAAUUUUUGGAUUGGCUAUGCGACUUUAUUGCGAUUGAUGAUGGCGACAACAUUACCGACGACAUCGAAUACAAAGAUACCGAAUCGGAUAAUCUGGUCGAUCAACGAUUCGUCGCUAGUUUCGUCGGUGAUUUGAAAAACGGUUUCGCCAUUUGGAGUGAUCAAACAGCUGAAUUCGAUGGAUGGAAAUUGAAAUGGAUUCGUGAGAUGAUUCAUACUAAGGCCGGAUUGGAUGACAUUGAUGCUUCUACCGGUCGUAUUCAAAACGAGUUCACUAUGCUGCAAUCGCAGGAAGUGCCGUUCGGAGAUGAGCAUUUGUUGCAGAUACAGCAAAAGAAGUGCGAGGAAUUGAAAAAGGAGGUGGCCAAAGUUCUGGCAAUUUUCAACGAGAAAACUGUUGAUGUUCGAGAAAGUUCCGAAGAACUGAAUGAAUUGGUGAAAACUAACAAGGAGCUGAUUAAUAGCUUGAACCAGAUAAAGGAAACUAUCAAGAAUCAACCCGUAUCAGCCGAUGACCGACAAACCUGUAUCGCUGAUCUCAAUCAAAAAAAACAUUUGCUCGAGGAAAAACAGAAUUUCGUUAAUGUUUUGAAAGCGAUUGCCGACGACAGUCAGGUCAAAAUCGCCCGGCUGAGGAGACAGAAAACCAGCAAAAUUUACGCGAUUAAUGCGGUCGUGCAAAAAUUGCUUCAAAUUGGCAUUAAAUUCGACGAUCUGACCAUAGAUCAGCUGUUCAUCAAUGAAAGCGAUACGAAACCCGAAAUAAAAGCCAAAUUGGAAUUAAUCAAUCAAGUCAGAGAAAUCAUCAAUGCACGUCGGGCUGAUGUCCAUGCAUCGGUGAAUGAAACUCAAUCGCAGGUCACGUCCAUUUCGAAUGAGCUGUUUGUGGUGGAGAACGAGGUAUCUGCCCUCAAGAAACAGCUGCAUUCGUUGGAAAUUCGAUUGCGAAAAGUGGAAAACGAAAUUGUUGAGACGCAGUACCAGUCGGAGCAACAACAACAACAGCUGCAAGCAACACUCGACAGGACGACGGAGGAAAUCCAACAAAAUCAAUUAAAAUGUCAGAAUAACGAAAAAGUAGUCGAGUUGUUGAAAGCGGAAACUAAGUCCAUAUAUGAAGGCAUUCAAUUGAAGGCUGAUGCAAUGCUGAAAGAUAAAUUGGAGCGCCAGGCGCGUCGAGAGGCAGCUAUUGCAGAACUUGAACAAGUAGCCGAAGAGCUUAAGGAUGCUGUAAACAAUUUAAAAUAAGUUUUAAUUUAAUAAAGUAUUUUUUUCUUCAACCCC